AUGUCGCGGUGGCUGGUUGGCUCCCAGCUGCUCUUCAUGCUGCGAGCCUUAAAAACCGCAUUAGUCCUCCUUUGCAUUUUCAAGAUAAUAAAAGGCUAUGAGCUGGCGCCCUCGGACCCUACGUCGUUUUCCCUCAUCGCAUGCGAGGUGGCAACGGGUGGCAACGACACCAUUAAACACUUGAUCUCCAAUAACGGGACCUGGCUGCAGCAGCUGAAUGCCGCAGCGGCCGCCGGAGAGUCCCUACCGAGACAGCUCCUGCCUCCCCCCACUGGCAGACCCGGAGGGCCCCCCGCAGCGCCGCUGCUGCUCUUCUACCGUCGCGACUGGUGGGAGGCACUCACCUCCACGAUUGGCCAGCUGAAACGGCCCAACGCUACUGGGGGGGCAUCCGCCGCAGGUGGCAAUGGCAGCGGCGGUGGUGCCGCCGCUGCUGGCGCCCCGGAUGUUGGUUCUGGAGCUGCUGCGGGUGCUAGAAACGCUAGUGGAAUGGCCGCGGCGGCGGCGACGGCGGCGAGUUCUGUGCCGCCCACCUGGACAUUGUUCGUACUGUUGCUUUCGGAUCUGCUGAACCGUGAUUUUGACGGUGACGGCGUUCCAGAUCAUGCAUUGUGUGUGGACCUGAUGCCGGGGUGUAAGGGCGGCGCCGUGCUGGCCGCCAUUUACGCGUCUUUGGCACAGACCCAUGGGACGGCGCAAGGCCUGUGGUUUAAUCAAACUGACUUCAACCCGCUGCUAGGCAUCCCGCCUGGGGCCCUGGGUGUUGCGCUGCUUCCGGGAAGCGACGUGGUCGAGUUUGGGCCGCCGAUGGAGGGUGUUGCGCCGCCGCCAAGCUCAAGUAGCCCAGCAGCUACUGCUGGCAGCGGGGCGGCCACUGGCAGCAGCGACCUCGACGGCCGUGCAGCGGCAGCCUCCAGCGACACCAGCGCCACCGGAAGUACUGGCGCCGCCGCAGCGCCGCUGGAUGGGUUAGUUACGUGUACGGCGGUUCACUGCCCAUACGGCACCGCUGUCAACUCGACAGUCCUGGAGGUCGCAGCGACCGCCGUGAGCCUCAACCUCCAACUGCCAACCAACACAACGUACCCGAACGACGGCGGCAGCGGCGCCGCUGCCGGUUCCUCCUUGUACUUGCAGGCAGUACGGCAGUUGCCCGACACGUUGCUGAUCAACCGCGCGCCGUUCUACGGGGAAAGGGCUACUGCCGCCUUUGUCGGUGUCCAACAACCUCCUGUUACAUCCUCCCUCUCCAUCUUCGUCCUUAACGUCUUCACUGUCUCCGCCGUCUUCACCGCCAUUGUUGUCGUCGCCGUCGCUGGGUUCGCAGCAGCAGCCCAGCGCCGAGUCACCCAUUCUCCGGAUGGCCCAAAGGACCCGAGCGGAGGAGUUCGUAAGAAUACGGUGGUGACGGAGGUGGUGGGUGCUAAGAACCUGGGCGCCCGCAACCCCUCCCUUACGCAUGCUUGUGCUCCCCGCUGCCGUUUCGAAGAUUGGUGUCGUAUCAACUUUACCUUAAAUACGGGCUCGUCACGCAGCUGGCUAUACGGCAAGAGUGUUGUGGACGCCACUGCAACGCCGCCCCUCGACACCGAGUGGAACGCAUCCAUGUACGGUGACAUUGUCGUACUGAGUGGCGUUACACGCGCCACGCCACCGACGGGGGAGGUGACGGCGGCUGACGUGGCAGCUUUGCUGAAUGCCGACCCUAGGGACGCCACGCGGUUGGCGCAGGUGAUUGCCUCGGCAGUGCAGCACAAGAACGCAGCCAUGGAUAUCCAGCUGCCGUACAGCUCACAUUACAGUGCGUCGCGUGCGGCCUGGGCGGUGGCGGAAUUCGGAACCAUUUCGCGGAGUUUUCCCUACCCAGCCAUUCUUCUGCGGCUCUACGCCCACACCAUUGGUGCCAUAAAGCUUUCCCGGCUGGUUCCGGAGCCUCCUUCUGCGCCAGCAGCGCCACAAGCCGGCCGCAUGCGCCGCGCUGCAAUGAUCGCCGGCAUCACCGCCAUCGCCGCGCUCGUCCUAACGGUUGUUGGUUGCGGCAUCGGCAUCCUGUUGUGGCACUUCCGGUGCCGCCGCCGCCGCGCCAAGAAGGGCUGCGGGGUAAUGCCGGGGGCCCAUCCCAACACUACCCUCGUAGUCACGGAUGUGCAGGUGAAGCAAAUUCUUUGUACGGUAGUACGGUAA